AAAAAGAUUGCGCGCGCAGAAAUGAAACUGUACGAGAUCAAUAGAACGAAGAGACAAGAAAAUCUAGAUUUAGGUCUCAUCUCUUUCACCCAGACAGUGUCUGUGUAGGAUUUUAGCUCUAUCCGGGGCUAUAUUGAUGUUAUCGAUUGGGGUCCCGGGCGUUUUAGUACGUGGGAGCGACGGACAUUCAAAUGCAGGGCAGCUUCAGGAUACAGUUGAUAAAUAUGGGUACUCGUGCCGCUGCAUUCACGGCGAAGAUCCGGAGUCUCUACGACUUCCAACUGCGGCUGAUGCACAACAUCGCGCCCCUGCCCUCCGGCGUCGACAUCGCCAACACCGUCAAAUACUUCUCACAGACGUUACUUAGCGUUCUUAAAGAUGUACCGCGUUCACCUCUUGAGAUGAUACGCGAUGCGGACAGCGACGCUGAGCGUAUGGCUUUAUACCCCAAUCUGGACUACAAAGGGCUGUUUAACGCUAUCUCACAACUAGUUGACUCCGCACCUCAUAUACAGUAUGGCAUACAGGCGUUUGGGCAAGCGGUACUGCAAUGCCUGGGCUGCUUGUUACCAUUCCUGGAGUACGACAUGAUAGACAACCUGCCUUACAUGGUGGCGUACUGUGUCGCUGUGUUCCCCGCCUGCCUGCAUCAGGAGAUACUCCAUCUAUUGUGCUACUACAUACUGCCUUUUACUAUCACUCGUAGAUAUUCCGGUAUGGAAGAGGAGAGCCAGGCGUCUCAAUCAGUCGGAGCGAUCAUUAUGAUGGUGUUCCAGCAUUCCAAUAAUCCAGCGCACCACUGCCAGCUGCUGGAGUGCCUGAUGUCGAUGAAGCAGCAGACGGUGCGCGACGUGCUGUGCGUGGUGGCGCACGGCACGUGGGGCGCGCGCCUCUCCGCCGCCAAGCUGCUCUUCUACUACUGGCCGCCGUUCGACGCCAACCUCUUUGACCGCAAAGGCCUGCUCUGCAAGUUCUCCAAUGACUUGGUGCCGUUCCUAUGCCAGCGAGAUAUGUGCCCCAACGCGGGCAGCGCUGAAGCGGCCAAGGUGUGCUACGACCACUGCAUUAGCGUCACUUUCGCCUCCGACACGCCGCCGCCCCUCUACCUCUGCAUUGAAUGUGCUAAUGAGAUACACAGGGAGCAUCCUAAUCAACGGUUCUUUGACAUCCUACAUCCUCAGCAGCAGGUGUCAAUGGUCUGCGAGAACAAGAACUGCCGUUCCACGGAUAAGUCUGCGUAUUCCAUCUGCUUCUCUAACGAGUGUGCCAGUUACAAUGGGAACCAUCCCAUUAGGUACUGCCAGCAGUGCCACGGCAACCGGCACAACAGCCGGCGUGGUGGCGACCACGUGACGCACGCGCGUCUGCCGCCCGCCUGGCACAUGGACUCCGACAUGCAAACCAACCUCGUAGAGGCCAUCAUCAGCUUGCUGAAGGAAGCGAAACCUAUCAACAUGGAGGACCCAGACAGUGGCAGCGACCAGCUCGGCCCUCCGCUAUGCGUGCAGCUACCAGACCCUAUCUCCGUAGAAGAUCGACAACUGCUGGGCAGGUACGGGGUAUGGUUGAUGGUGGGGCUGUGUACACCCAACCCUGACACUCCUGAAGAGAUUCUUGGCAGACUGCUCUCCGUGCUGUUCCAUUGGUUCCAUGUAACAUCCUUCUCUUACACAGGUGAGAUAGCGAACACGGUGGAGAAGUUGAAAGUGGAGCACGUGUGCGGGUGGGUGCGAUUAUAUUGCUUGAUUCCAUAUGGAAUCAUCACUCAGUCCAUCUGGGAUUCAAUAAUGCCAGCUUGGAUGGAAGCUAUCUGUACAGACGUACCAGAAAAAGAGCUGAUGGAACUAAAGGUUCCCGUGGGUAAGAUCCUGGAGGCAGAAGGUGGCAUGGGGUGCCUGGAGGAGCGCAACCUGUACAGCUUUGCGGCGCAGCGCGUGGGCUCGCAGCCGCGCCCCGAGACCGUGCUGCCGGUCCUCGACUGGUUCCAGACAAUAUCACUUCUGGAAGUAAAAAUACCUCUAUCCCAACUAUUCGAUCUGUUCAGCCAUUGCGUCAUCAAUAUGCCAGAAAACUUGGUCAAAGCACCUUCAGAAAGCGUGAAAUCAAAAGACACGGAGACGAACGGCUCAUCCGAGGGCACGGAGAAGGAGAAAGACAAGGAUAAAGAAGAAGAGGUCAAGCCGCAGAACUUAACAUGCUCUAAGUACACUGCGACACCCUGGCUUACUACACUGCGAUACACCAAACAAUAUACACUGCGACACUUCUAUCUAAGUACACUGCGACACUUCAGCUCAGUACACUACGACACACCUAGCAAACCAUCGAUAGAGGAGACUUGGUGCGAGACACAGAUGAAGAAGAACCAAUCCGAGGAGGAGAGGAGUAAAUCUGGUGGCACACCGGCCGCGUCCGUGGACGGGUUGAUGUCAAUAGCGAGUGCACACGCGCUCGGCGACAAGAGCUCUGUGGGUGGAGUGUUAGUGCACAUGCCGCAUUUUGUUCAUUUCAUGCAACUGUCUCUCAUAAGCGACGUCGGUUCGGACGGCACACUCACUAAGUCGUCAGGUGAAUCGCAAAUAAUGACAGCAACAGUGGAGACCAUAACUGAGCAGCUGGACAUGGCGGCCAGCCUGCCGCCAGCAGAGCGCCCGCCGCUCGCCACCGCGCAUACUGUCACACUCACAGACACGGAUGUCGCCACCGCUACUGCUGAUAUAUCAACUCCCAACCUUCUUGGCGACCACGAGGCGACAGGCGAGUCCGUUGAGGAGGAUAUGACCAACUUCUGGCCAACAUCCGCUGGGAAGUUCCACUUCUGCAUCGACGAGCUGCCCCAGGAGUUGCAGUAUAUACAUCAGCUGCUGCAGGAAUUAAAGAACAUAUCGCGGCCGGACAUCCUGUACCACUUACUGCAGUGUCUUCAAGUAUUGGUUCUUAAUACUGACGCGUUGGCCGAGCACCGGGGCUUCCUGAUAUGGUGCCAGGAGAACCUGCUUAUUGACAACUUAUGGAAUGUUUGCGAUGCGUCUCAGUCGCAUAUCAGCUCGGUGGCGGUGCCCAUCCUGCUGCACUGCGUGACCCUCGCGGGAGGUGCUGACGUGCUGUGCGCCCUCGUAAGGGACAGCUUCCAUCAGCCGGACCCCAAGAAGAGAUUCACUGCUGUUGAACGGGUCAUCCUCAUCAUAAGUAAUUUGUACGCAGAGCGCGAGAAAGUGUACUCGCGCCAGUACUCGGCGCCGCUACUAAAGCGUAAAACCUCGCGGUUCGGCCUCGGCCAGCUGCUGGCGCCGCAGCCGCUCGCCGCACGCAGCAAUGCUCACGAGGGUUUCCACACGUUGUCGGGGCGCUCUCCGGACGAGGCGCUGCCGAUCUUUCUGCCCAAAGUGGACAUCGAUGAGACCGACAAAGAGACAACCAACUUACUUGUCUUUCUUCUAAUGCAGUUCUUGUCUAGGUAA